AUGAAUGUUUAUUUAGCAUUUUUUUAUUUUAAACAUAUCCAUUGUAAAGAACAUAGAAAUUUAACCCAAGAGAUUUUCUUAAAAAUAAUUGACUGUUUUAAACUUGAUGAAGUUUUUCAGUUCUAUUGUGAGACAUGUGAACAAUUUUUAAAUGGUUGUUAUGUAGAGGGAUUGUGUAUCUGUGUAUCAAUAUCAAAUGUGAUGAUUGUGAGGGUGUUAUGUAACAACUGGAUUAAAUAA